ACGAAGCCACCUUUGCCCUGAGAAAGGCGGAGCCGCCUGGCACUAAUCCUGCUCUCGCGAGCUCUGAAACUAUCGCGAGACCCGACGCCCGACUUGUGCGCCCGGGAAACCCCGUCGUUCCCUUUCCCCUGGCUGGCAGCGCGGAGGCCGCACGAUGCCUGGAGUUACUGUAAAAGACGUUAACCAGCAGGAGUUCGUCAGAGCUCUGGCAGCCUUCCUCAAAAAGUCCGGGAAGCUGAAAGUACCCGAAUGGGUGGACACAGUCAAGCUGGCCAAGCAUAAGGAGCUUGCUCCCUACGAUGAGAACUGGUUCUACACACGAGCUGCUUCCACAGCACGGCACCUGUACCUCCGGGGCGGUGCUGGGGUUGGCUCCAUGACCAAGAUCUAUGGGGGGCGUCAGAGAAAUGGCGUCAUGCCCAGCCACUUCAGCCGAGGCUCCAAGAGUGUGGCCCGCCGGGUCCUCCAAGCCCUGGAGGGGCUGAAAAUGGUGGAAAAGGACCAAGAUGGGGGCCGCAAAUUGACACCUCAGGGACAGAGAGAUCUGGACAGAAUUGCCGGACAGGUGGCAGCUGCCAAUAAGAAGCAUUAGAACAAAUGAUGCUGGGUUAAUAAAUUGCCUCAUUCGUAA